AUGAUCAGCGCCUCGCCUUCGUUCUCCUCCCCAAACAUCCCGCAAGGCUUCUCCGCAGCCACUUCCUCGCCUCAGCCUCCUUCCUGGAACGCCAACGACUCUCCUCACUCGCUCGCCAUGUCCAACUCAACCAUCGACCCGCACUUUUCCCCAGACCACAUUGCUCCUCCCGGCUUCCACAACCCCAUCGACGCUCCCUUUGGCGCUCACUUCCAGCCUCAAAUCCACAACCACUGCGCUCCCGGCACCAUCCUCAUCCAACCCUCCAUGUAUGCCCCCCACGACCCGGCCCCCUUCUGGAAGCCCGACAUGGUCAAACUCGAACCCGGCACCGACGUCUUCUCCACAGCCCACGUGGCCCCGCAAUUCGCCUUCCCCGGCUCGCAGCCCAUGAUGGCAACCAUGAGCCUCCCCGCCUACACAACCCAUCCUAUGGACAGGCGCUUCACCUUCUCGGACGCCGAAUCCAUUGGCUCCGUCCCUUCCCCCAGCUCCACUUCCGAGACUUCCACUCGUCCCGGCUCCGCCAAGAGGGGUGCCAAGCGCAAGCAAUCCGCAGCCGACGCAUCGCUCGACGCCGCUUCCGAACAGACCUCCGACGCCGCCUCCAAAGCUACCAAGAAGCAGUCGCGCACAAACGCUCAGCGACGUCCUCCCCCUUCCGCAUCGCACGUCACCGAGGCUGGCAAGCCCUUCCCCGUCAUCGACACUUCUGCAAAGCACUCCAGCCUCUUUGUGCCCCCCGACACCUCGGGCCUGACCAAGCGCGAGGCGCGUCUCGUAAAGAACCGCGCCGCCGCCUUCCUCUCCCGCCAGCGCAAGCGCGAACAGUUCGAAGAGAUGGAGGUCAAGUGCAGGGGCAUCUCCAUGCUCGUAUACCGCAUGUGGGAGACCAUCGCAGGCACCGACGCCCCCCUCGACCGCGUCGACGCAACCCCGCUCGCCGCAGUCCUCGCAAACGAAGAGCCCAUGGCUCGUCUCUGCCUCGAAGAGGUCAUCUCCAAGAAAGGCGCUUCCAUCGCUCCCACCGCAGACGAGCUCGAAGGUUCCCCCGCUCCCGAGGCUCCCUCCGCUCGUCGUCCAUCCGUCGUACCCACUCCGGCCGCUCACAAGAAUGCCGACACCGCCUCUGCUGAGCUUGAGCGUGUCCGAGCCGAUCUCGCUGCUUCCCACGAGCGCGAGAAGCAGCUCGCUCACCAACUCGACGCCAUGCGCGCCAGUCUCGCAGCAGCCGCCAUGCCCUUGGACAACAGCGUCGGCGUCGCCGGCUUCGAGUCCAUCGACGUCACUGCCGCCCAAUCCGGCCUGGCUUCGCGCUCCCAACCUUUCAAGGGCGUUCAGGGCGCAGAGCUUCCCCUUUUCGUCCCCGAGUCGCCCCUCUCCAAGUUCACCCACAUGGAUGCAGCCAUGCCCGACGCAGCUCACGCCGCCUUCAGCCUGUCCAAGACCCCGACUCUGGCCACUUUUUCCGAGACCGCUAUGCGCAACCGAUCAGCGCAUCAGCCCUUCGUCGCAGACAAGCUCCAAGGCUUCGGCAUGGGCCUCGGUCUCGACUACAAGUUCCCUACCGCCUCGCUGCCCUCCUCGCCCUCCACAGCUUCGUCCUCGUCGUCGCACGACGUCCACCACGCGCGUCAUCUCUCGCUCCCCUCCAACAGCCUCGCCACCGCCAAAGCACCAAGCACGUUGGCUUCGGUGCUGCUCCUCGCUGGCAUGUCGUUGAUGGGAGCUGGUCCCGCCGAGUCGGCCGCAUCCGCAGCCCGACCCACUAGCCGCAAGCCUGCGCGGGUCGGCCGCAAGAAAAUGCUCAAGGACGCUGCAGCGGCUGACCGUGCGGACGACAACGACGGCGAGCCCUCUUCGCACCUCUCGGACGACGACCUGCUCAUGGAGAUGGGUAUCGACUCGGCUUCCAUCUCCGAGGCUGACGACGACGAUGACGACCAGCUUGACGACGAUGCGAUCAAGCACACGACUGCCACCGCGAGCAAAGCCACCGUCUCGGCACCUGCUCUGAGCUGCGCCUGA